AUGGGUUCGCAGCAGGUGCUGUGGUGUUCCCGCCCACCGAGGGAGCAGCUACUUCUAGAUGUCAAUUGUGCCUUCCCGGGGGUGGCAAGGGAGAGGCUCACCCUGAUCCUCAACCAAAACCCCCCAAUUCCUAAUGAAGAUGAAGUAUUCCCUUGGUCUCGAACGAAGCCGUAUUACUGCUUUCCAGUCCUAUCAGGACUCCAGGGCUGGGACGGGCUCUUAGAACCAGUGCAGAUGACAAGUGAAGGUCCCCUUUAUUAUGGAAAGGACCCCUUCUGCCGAUGGUCAGAGUCUUCCAUACCUCCCGUCAUCCUGGCCGAACUGGGGAACGAUCCCACGAAAGGCACCGGUGCUUCUACGGCCACUUGGACGUGCAGCCUGCCGACCAGGGCCGAUGGGUGGCUCACGGACCCUUACGUGCUGACGGAGGUGGACGGUCAGGAAACUUUAUGGACGAGGCGCAACCGACACAAAGGUCCUGUCUUGGCUUGGAUCAAUGCUGUGAGCGCCUUCAGAGCCCUGGAACAAGAUCUUCCUGUGAAUAUCAAAUUCAUCAUUGAGGGGAUGGAAGAGGCUGGCUCUGUUGCCCUGGAGGAACUUGUGGAAAAAGAAAAGAACCGAUUCUUCUCUGGUGUGGACUACAUCGUAAUUUCAGAUAACCUGUGGAUCAGCCAAAGGAAGCCAGCAAUCACUUACGGAACCCGGGGGAACAGCUACUUCACGGUGGAGGUAUCCACAGAGAGCAGUGCGUGGAUGGAGGCCUGUGGGGGUUGUGAAUGGGAGCGCCAGUCCAUUCUGGGAUCUUGGAGAGGAAGAAAGAAAGCUUUCCUGAGGGCAGAGGCCUUACUUGGGACACACAGCCUUAGGGGAGGUGGGGUGGGUGCAGAGGUCUUGGGGUUUGGGGAGGUCAUGAACCCCCUGACACUUGGAGUGGAUGUGGCUAUGUACCUUGUUCUGGAGAGGGGAUUCACAGGGGUUUGUGACUCACAAAGCAAAGCUUGGAAACUCUGGCCAUGGGAUUUGCAGGCAGGUAUGGCAGCCACAGGGAGGUAAGCAGACUGCCUGAUCAAUGCAGCGGCAACUGCUGUGUCCUGCUCCCGGCGUGGGCCUGCUGGCCGCAGUGGCAGGAAAUCUAAGUGCUGUGGUUACAGGGAAGGAGAAGGAGCAUUGGUGUCGCCCGAGGCCAGUAUCUGAAUCCUAGCUUCUACCGUGCCCAGCCUUGUGCAGGUGGCUUCACCUUGAGCCUUGGUUUCCCACCUUGAAAGAUGGCACAAUAACGCCCCCUCCCAGGAUGGC